GUCUUACAUUUGAAUCUGGUGGAGGAUCAUCCCUGAGAUUCAGUGUUGGCUGCUUCUGAAAUGCGGGAUGUCUGGCGGCAGCCUAUGGCAGCCUUCCAAGGCCCUUUCUCUUUCCUGUCUCAGGAGCUCAGACAUGACCAGGAAGAUCUUCACAAACACCAGGGAGCGGUGGAGGCAGCAGAACGUCAACAGCGCCUUCGCCAAGCUGAGGAAGCUCAUCCCCACUCACCCUCCAGACAAAAAGCUGAGCAAAAAUGAAACACUUCGCCUGGCAAUGAGGUACAUCAACUUCUUGGUCAAGGUCUUGGGGGAGCAAACCCUGCAGCAAAGAGGAGUGGCUGCUCAGGGAAACAUUCUGGGACUCUUCCCCCAAGGAUCCCACCUGCCGGACAGGACUCUACUCGAUGACUACCAGGUCCCUUCACUUGACCCAAACCACAGCAUUGCGUAGUGGGGCUCCAGCUGUCAUCACCCAGGGCAGCCCUUGCUCUGAAGCCACUAGCUGUUGACAGCCUUUUGCAUGUUCCAGUGUCAACUUGAUGAAUAAUUUGUGAGGGAUGCACUUAUGCUUCACGGGAGGUGGCUCAGGGACAGCUGCAGGGAGCCAGACAGAGGCCAUGAGGAAGAUGGCUUUGGAGUCUGCUACCCCCGGAGCUCCAGACAGAGCAGCCUGCCUCUAUUUUAUGUAUCCAAGAUCUGCAUAAGAUGUUGUUUGGGAGGGGGGAAGCGUAGGUUAAAAACAGGCUUGGAAAUCACUGUUUUACUCAGUCUGAUUUCAAUUAUAAGGAAAGAGUUUUCCCAUAACAGAUCUCAAAUGGAUGAGUAGAAAAUGCUUCCCUCAGAAAACAUUUUACUGUUUGUUUUGAAAAAUGAGGUAUAUGUGAUCGAGGGUGAACAAAAUAAGGUUGAUAAAUGUGAAGAGAGCCCUCACAGAAACCAACUUGGAGACUUGUGGAAACAUGAGAGAGACCCUUCUCACAUGUGAGGAUUACAGGAACAUAGCAGAUACAUGUGGAAGAGCUCUGCAUCCUUUAUCCCUGUGGAAAUAUGAAGUAUUACCUGCAUUGAACCAUUUAUAUCUUUGUUAUCUCUAAAGCUGAAUGGUGGAUUAUAUCUGUUAGAGGAAAGGACUUGAUAAUUUAAGAAUUAGAGUUCCUGGUUUUCUUAUGAAAAACAGGUAGCUAAAAUAGGUUAUCUAACCCCUUAGUUGCACAUGUCAGACAUUAAAACGUUUAAUUCGGCCCAAGUUCCUGCUGAUUUAAGACCUGUAAAAUUCAAAUAUACUUAUGAAAAUAUGAAAAUAAUUAUGAAAAUAAAUACUCCCAUUUAAUGACUCAUUUAACAGAGAGCUUAGUUUAAACAAAAGAUCUAGAGUAGACAAUAGGAAUGUAAUACCAGACUUUAAUGAAUUAAUGACUUUGUCAUUUGUCUUCUUUGCUAUGGAGCUUUAGCUCAAUCCUAUGCCAGGAGGGGUGGUACCUACUAGUCAACGAAACAGCGUCGAUCUGGCAGAACUACUCACAACCACGUGCCUCCAAUGAUUGGAUUCAAAGAUGGAUUCAAGGAUGAAUCCCAUAGCUGAGCCCAGAAUACAAAUAAUGUCAUUUGAUUGUCUCUGGGACAUGUUAUUACCCUAAAGUUCUUGACAGUACAUUGGUUUCAAAACCUUCUGAAGCACAGGUAGGAAAUUGAUGGAUUUGCAAUUAUGGGAUUCCAGUGUAUACAUAAUAGAUGAAUUUAAAUUUCCUGUGACUCUAGAAAGAGGGUAUUGAUUUAUGGAAGGUUGAAGUAAGCCUCUUUAGUUUGGUGAUCAGAAAAAAAGCCAGAUGUGGCUCCCCCAGAAUCUCAUUCCCCGCAAAUAACAAGGUCGUAAUGCCAUUAACAUCUACACAGCAUUCCCACUCAUAGCCCAAAGCAUUUAUCCAAUGCAAUAUGUUUUCCUUCUAGGUCCUUUCUUUUUUUUUUUUUAAUAUUUUAUUUAUUUGAGAGAGAGUGAGAGAGCAUGAAAGGGGAGAAGUUGAGAGGGAGAAGCAGACUCUCCAUGGAGCUGGGAGCCUGAUGUGGCACUUGAUCCCGCACCUCGGGAUCACGACCUGAGCCAAAGGCAGUCGCCCAACCAACUGAGCCACCCAGGCGCCCCUAGGUCCUUUCUUUAAAUUGUGUUCUGUACACUUCCCUAUGGACCCAGAAUAGUCCGGGGAAACUACGCACAGAGACUAAGGGACUUCCUCCUCAUGUGCAUUUCUUGCUCAUGAGUUUAUAUAGACUUAAAUUUGUCCCCAGACUACCAACUGAUAGUAUAUCUCAAAGCUUUGAUGACAAUUGUCAAUUGAAAAACAUUACUUACUCUCUCAUCUGGCAUUAAAUUAAAAUAACACUUUUGAUAGUGUUUUUUAUAUUAGCUUCCUAUUAACAUGUUGCUGAGGAGGACACAGAGGACCUCUUUGCCUGAAUGUAGGAUUUUACUGUUCUUCUCAGAAUUAGGGCCCUUUUCUGCUGUUGGAACCAUGUCUGUGAGUACAGAGAACCUUUCCACUGAAGUGUAAGAGAGUGCUCCUGAAAAGUCAUGAGGAGAUUGAGUUAUCAUUAAACUAUAUGAGGGGGAUAAUGAUUUAAAGAAACCCUGCAGGAAAUUCCCUUGAUAAAUGAAUAAACACUUAAAAUAUUACUUGAUGUAAUUCACCUCUUAAAUUAUUCUGCAAGCUUUGAUUUUGGUAUAUCAUGUUGUGUGGGGUUAAAAUGACUGUCAAAAGGAACUGUAGGAACACAUGGAUCAAAACCUUUGGCAGGGUAUUCCUAAGACUGGAAGCGAAUUCAAACAUUGCUCUGUGGUCAUCCUUGGUGUCUUAUACUCAACUUAUACAGUGCAGUGGUAAGAAUUUUCCAUUAAAACACAUUCUAGUUCACUGAUGGUACAUAUCUUUUUGGAUUAUCGAAACCCAACAAAAAAGUGUAGGCGGAUUAUAUCAUCUAUGCUACUCUGUUACUUGAAAAAAAAAUGUUUGGUCUGCUAUGGACACUAAUAGAAACUUCUGGAAACCAGAUAUAAACAGGGCGCUUGAUUUAUAUCAAUCGUGAGAUUGGCUAGUUUCAUCCUCAUUUUAUAGAGAAGAAAAUAGGUCCAGAGUGUUAUGAAGUGACUUUUCGGAGGUCCCAUGGACAAUAAAUGGAAACUCAAGACAUGGGUGCCUGAUUUCUUGACCCAGUGUCCAAACUUUCUACAGACCUGUUCAACCUCUAAGUUUUUUAGGAUUGAAAACAGAUAAGCACCUUACUGUCAUGCUUACCUCUUUUCAACGGAGUUCAGUAAUCUUCAUAUGCUUUUUUAUUGAAGUUGAUUUAUUGUGCUUUAUAGAAUGUGAUUAGAUGUAUUAACCAAAGAUUUUUUAUUGAUAUGUUUUAUGAGUUUUUAACCAUUGAAUUUGCU